AUGGCGGCUGCCGAGCUGGCCGACAUCCGGAAGAUCGAGGGCUUGGAGAAAUGUACCGAGCUACAGCUAUAUGUGCCGUUCAAUCAGAUCAAGGAGGGCUUGCUGUGUGUCAGCGAAGUAAAGACUGCAUAUGAAGACAAGCAUGUGCUGUGGCUGGCCGGAAACCAGCUCCGCUCGUUGGAGGGUCUCGAUUUGCCGAACCUCACCGAGCUCAAUGCAGCCUUUCGGCCAAAGGGAGGGGCCAGCAACGAGCUGAGCUCGGUCGUGGGUGCCUUUGAUGAAUUGCCACAAUUGAAGACGCUCAACUUGGCCGGAAACCGGCUUUGUUCUUUCAAGGAGGUACUUGAUCUUGCCCGUCGCAACUCCUUAACGGCGCUGAGCUUCGCCGAUCCAGAUUUUGGGGAGAAUCCUAUUUGCACCUUGUGCAACUACCAAACUUACAUUCUGUACCACUUGCCAAAGUUGCAGGUGCAUGAUCAGAUGUACGUGGAUGCAGAGGCCCAUCAGGUGGCUCAAGCAGCCUAUGCCAAGAAACGCUUGGAGCCUGGCCACUGCAGUCUCUAG